CUUCACCCCCCACUCUCCGCAUUGAUGGAUCGACUCCUGUGAAGACCCGAAAAGGACAAUCCUGGAUUCCCGAGUCAACCACAACACACAAACACACUAAAAAAAACACAAACCGAGAAUUGCGCAUUUUUUUAAAAAAAGACUCUCUUUAUAAUUUAAUUUGGCAACUAUUUUCCCGGUUGGAAGGCUGGACACGUACAAGAACAACCGUCCCACAAUGUGCUGCCUAACAUCUACCGAAGGAAAGUUGUAAAUGGAUUUUGUCGAGCACGGGAUGAUGGCUCAUGGAAUUCCUUCGCAGGGGAAAAUUACCAUCACGGUGGACGAGUACAGCUCCAACCCAACUCAGGCUUUCACUCAUUACAACAUUAACCAGAGUCGCUUUCAGCCACCCCACGUGCAUAUGGUUGACCCUGUCCCAUAUGACACUCCGAAACCAGCAGGCCACACACGAUUUGUCUGCGUCUCAGACACACACUCCCGAACAGAUGGCAUUCAGAUGCCGUAUGGGGACAUUCUGCUUCACACGGGUGAUUUUACAGAGCUGGGACUCCCCACGGAGGUUAAGAAGUUCAACGAUUGGUUAGGAAGCCUUCCCUAUGAAUAUAAAAUAGUCAUCGCUGGAAACCAUGAACUAACGUUUGAUAAGGACUUCAUUGCUGAGCUGGUGAAGCAGGACUACUACCGCUUCCCAUCUGUCUCCAAGUUGAAGCCCGAGGACUUUGAUAAUGUCCAGUCACUCCUGACCAAUUGUAUUUACGUACAAGACUCUGAGAUAACGGUGAAAGGAUUUCAAAUAUAUGGUGCACCGUGGACACCGUGGUUUAAUGGCUGGGGCUUCAACUUGCCCAGAGGCCAGUCUUUGCUGGACAAGUGGAAUCUAAUUCCAGAGGGAAUCGAUAUUCUCAUGACACAUGGACCACCAUUGGGUUUUCGAGACUGGGUUCCCAAAGAGUUACAGAGAGUUGGUUGUGUCGAGCUCUUAAACACAGUGCAGAGGCGAGUACGGCCAAAACUACACGUCUUUGGAGGAAUCCACGAGGGUUACGGUAUCAUGACAGAUGGCUACACCACAUACAUAAACGCCUCCACUUGCACAGUCAGCUUCCAGCCAAUAAAUCCGCCAAUUAUCUUUGACCUUCCGAACCCUCAAGGCUCCUGAGAACUGCUCCUCACAGCAAGAUGGAGGUUCUAUAAACUGCCAUUUUUUUUUCUAAUGGAAAGCGUGACUUUAAAAGAAAAAUAAUAAUUCUGUUUAAAUGUUUUCUCUUGUAUGACCUGGUUCUUUUUUUUUGUAAAAAUGCUGGUACAAAUCGUAGCGAUUGUGCUGUUAAUACAGAUUGGUUCUCAUAA